AUGCCUAAUAGGGAGUUAGAGAAAGAAGAAGAAGUUGAGGUUGUUAAGAAGGAGGAUGAAGUUAAGGAAAGUGAGAAAGAAGAAGUUGUGGAAAAAGAUGAGCCACAAGUUCAAGUUGGAGAUAGAACUCCAUUGCCAUCACCUCCACCAACCAAGACCUAUGUGUCUCCGGUUCCCUAUCCUCAAAGGUUGGUAGAGAGAAAAUUGAGUGACAAGUACACAAUAUUCCUCAACGUGAUGAAGAGCCUGCAAAUCAACAUUCCAUUUCUUGAGGCUAUGUCUAAAAUGCCGGCGUAUGCUAAGUUAUUGAAGGAAAUUCUCUCCAACAAACGCAAACUUAAAGAUGAGCUUAUCACCCUACCCUACCAAGUAAGUGCUCUUGUGCAACGAACCAUGCCCAAGAAGCAAAGGGACCCCGGGAGUUUCACCUUACCGGUGAAGAUAAGUGAUUUAGAGCCUAAGGGUGCACUGGCCGACUUUGGAGCGAAAGAUUCGGAGACUCCUCUUAUUAUUGGUAGAGAAGCUCUAAAGACACUGGAUGCUGUGAUAAACUACAAAAAUGAUACCAUCACGGUUGAAGUUGCCAAAGAGCGGGUUGUAUUUGAGUUCUCUAAGUCUAGUGGAGGAUAA